UUUUUAUUUUUCUGCCUCAAUUUUGUUUCAGCUCUUUUCAAUGCCUCAGGAUUUCUCUACUCUCUAUAUGCAACUGAAACAAAUCUGUGGCCUGAAACAGAUGGGUUUAAAAAGCUGGCUUCUGCGUAGCUUGGGGGCAUGACGUUUAGAUGAUGCAUGCCCCCAACCUUCACAGAAGCUGCGAGGGCACCUAAGACGGCCCAAACCCAAACCCCAAAGAAGCAGAACUUUUCCAUUUCUUUCCGUGGUUCAUGUGGGACCAUGGUGUGUGGUUGCUCUGGUCCUGGAGUGCUCCUGCCUGUCUGUUCCACCCCAUGUUGAGUUCUGACUUCCACAAUCCAAGCUCAGAUUGGGUGGAGAUAAUCGAACCCCGUUCUCGAGAGCGAAUGUAUGUCAACUUGACAACUGGAGAGUGUGGCUGGGAUCCUCCACCCAACCUUAGAGUUCGUCAGUCUGACGAGAACCAGUGGUGGGAACUCUUUGACCAAAACAACAACCGUUUCUACUAUUAUAAUGCUAUUACACAGCAGACAGUAUGGCACAGGCCACAAGGCUGUGACAUUGUGCCUCUGGCUCAGCUCCAAGCCAUGAAACGCAACUCCCAGUCUGACUUCAGGACAUCUCAGCACAGGGGCAGCACAAGUAGUGACGGGCGAAAUACUCCUAUUCAAAUGGCUCUUGUACAAGAAAUGGAGAAGGGUAAAGAGAAUAACAGUCUGGAGAAGAGGUCAGAGACGGGAAGAGAUACUCCUACUCGAUGGCAGCCUUUACCAGGCACUAAAGCAGCCAUGCUAGUGAAAGUCAACAGCCUGAGACAAGUGAAUUCUUCUUCAAGCAAUUCGCUUCAAAUGCAGAGCAGUGCAGAAAACAGCAAUCAGAAAUCUGUGCAUCCCAAAUCAGUUGUAUAUGCCCAGCCUCAGUCGAUAGUCCCAAGUCCAUUGGCUCCAAAACCUGCAGCUCCAAUAGAAGCAAAGCAGUCCAUGCAAAUUAAGAAGACAGAGAAUGGAGGUUUUUGCCUAGUGUUAACUAAUGGACUCCCUUCUCAGCCUCCUUCAGGGAGUCAGACACGAACACCACGACCUGCAUCUCCAAAGUAUGCUUCACCAGCACCAAUAUAUGAUGAGCCAUCAAUAGAGUCCCCAAUUUAUGAUGAGCCUCCUGUAGAUAUGGACACUGGAAGUACAAAUAUGAAUGGAACAACACCACAAAUGUCACCAAGCAAUAGCUUAAAAAAGAAGCUUCAGCCAGUUAAAUUAUUACAACAUCCCAGUAUGCAGCAAAACCAAGCUGGGAAAAAACACGUGAGAAACCCUUCUGCAACAGAAUAUAGCCCUGUAGGAAGAGAAUAUAUUAAACAUAUGGUCAACAUUGACCAGUCAUCCAAAAAUACUCACUCUUCAGGGAUGAUCAUUGAAGGCAUUGCUAAACCUCAACUAGGGCAGCUUAUUUCCAGGGACAGCUUCAAGCAGUCUUGGAAAAUCGUAGAAGCGAAUGUUCUCAAAAAUAUGGAGGCCCACCACUGUCGGCAGAACAGUCUUCAGGCCCAAGAAUAUCCUACAGUUAUAAGUCAGCAAGACUCAGGCUACUCAACAGGACCUUCUCCAAGCCUGAGAAAGAGAAAAGGAAGGCGGCAAGCUCCAGGCCAGGGAAGGCCUGGCUCUGUAGGCAGUAGCAGUGAACUCAGUGCUCUGAAUGACAAACUGAUUGCAGAAAUGCGGGCUGUGGUGAAUAGGUCUGCAGCCUGCAGAGGGAGCAAAGGCAGCUUAGAUGCAGAAAUGCUGGAAAAUGCUAGUUUGCCAGAGGGUCAUAAAAUUAAGUUUCAAUCAGACCACUUGAAAAAAUGUAACAGCAGGAGCUCAAGAGAUGAUGUGACUUCUAGUAACAGGUCCUUAUACAGACCUAGAAUGGACAGUAGGGGAAGUCUCUCAAAUGAUCCAACUGUGCAGCAAGAUACUGUGAGACAGAAGCGAACCUAUGAAAAAAUAGAUUCUUUAGAAAAGAGCAUGGCCAGUCAGACAAACCUGUCUUCGUCGGACACAGCACAAAUAUCACCGCAGUCUGGAACAACGGGGUCCAAUUCCCAGCAAGAAAAUAAUGACCAGCCUUCUACCAACAUGGGAUAUCAAUUUCCCUUCCACACCAUAAGGAAGCCCAUUUCUCAAAGUACCAUGGCUGACUGGGCUUCCAAAAACUUAAAUAUGCACACUCAGGGUAUCUUUCGCCGGAGGCUCUCAAUUGCUAACAUGCUAUCUUGGAAUGGUGGCUCUAUCAAAAAGCCAAUGCUUAUCACCAGCAAUCACACCAUCAAAAAAGAAGCCUGUGAAAUGUUUAAACUGGUACAAAUAUACAUGGGCGAUCGGCAAGCCAGGAUGGACCGAGAGCAUGUGGCUUUGAUCACCAUCACCAAGUGCUGGAGCAUUCAGGGUUUACGGGAUGAGCUAUAUAUACAGCUAAUCAGACAAACAACAGACAACAUGUGCUAUCGCAGCCUAGCAUGGGGCUGGGAACUUAUGGCCAUCAGUCUGGCCUUUUUCUCCCCAUCACCCAAGUUCCAAUCUUAUCUGGAAGGUUACAUCUAUCGUCACCUCAGCCAGGUCAAUGAUGAAAACAUUACACAGCGUAUUAAGGAGCUUCUGGAUCUGAAAAACAAAAAGAACUCAAAAUCCAGGAAAAAGAGGAAGCAAAACACAGAGGAUGAAGGCCUGCCUAUCAGCACUUAUGCCAGAUACUGUUACAGGAAACUGCAAAAGGUUGCAGUCACUGGAGGCAAAAAGGGCCUACGGAAGCCUACAAUUGAGGAGAUAAUACAUGCCAAGAAUGCUAUUGUGACACCUUCACUGUUUGGCAGCUCUCUAGAGGAAAUCAUGCUACGGCAGCAAGACAUGUAUCCAGAUAACAAACUGCCUUGGGUACAGACACAACUAUCUCAGCAAGUUCUAGAAUUGGGAGGAGAACAAACUGAAGGAAUAUUCAGAAUUCCUGGUGAUAUUGAUGAAGUCAAUGCUCUAAAACUACAGGUGGAUCAGUGGAAGAUUCCUAAUAAUCUGAGUGAUCCCAAUAUACCAGCUUCUUUGCUGAAGUUGUGGUACCGAGAGCUGGAAGAGCCUGUAAUUCCACAGCAAUUCUACAAAGAGUGUAUCAGCAACUAUGAGAACCCUGAUGCUGCUGUAGCAGUAGUAGAACUCCUGCCAGAACUCAACAGAUUGGUGUUGUGCUAUCUCAUUCACUUUUUGCAGAUUUUUGCUCAGCCAACCAAUGUGGGCAAAACCAAGAUGGAUGUAAACAACCUGGCCAUGGUGAUGGCUCCAAACUGUCUGCGAUGCCAGUCUGAUGAUCCCAGAGUUAUCUUUGAAAAUACCCGCAAAGAGAUGUCCUUCUUACGCAUGCUAAUUGUACAUUUGGACACUAGCUUUAUCAAAGGAGUGGUCUGAUGGUUUGGUUUCAAACAAGAAAGUGUGAAGAAAGCAAGGAAUUCUUGCCACUAUUACCUUCCUUGAGCCUUGGAUCUCCAUCUACAGUCACCAGGCUCCUAGGAUUGUUUCUGUUCCUUUCAACAGCUUUUUCUUAACCUAAGCCAAGGAUGUUGAUGACUCUGAGAAAGCCCUAUAGCAGGUGGAGUUUUGAGGCACUGGGGAGCCAAAUCCCAGACUAUGCUAUGAAAUCAUUCUUAAAAUCUUCCACUAGCUGCUUCCUAGGCAAGUCAGGAUGCCAGUGGCGGCAGCCCUACAUUGCAAAGUGUGUCAAUAUGCUAUGCACUACACUGAGAAAUCCACUGCACAUUAAAUGUUCAUUCACUGGAAUGAACUUCUCUCAGAUAUUGGAAUUUUAUUUUCAUUUCCUAAAGACUGGAUGUGUUACUUAGGCUUUACUCCCAAAGCAAAAAAGGAUUGCUGUCUUAGGCUGCAGUAGCUCAUGUCUGGCCUUAGAGCAGACCAUCCCAGUCAGCUCUGACAUUUUCAUUAUUGGCUUAAUCCUUUACUAGUACUUCUUGCACCUUAAAGGACACCUCUCCAAGGUUUCUUGGUUUCUUAGCAGUGGACCAGCUGAAGCUUGUGACACUCAAGAUUACUCUCUUCAUACAUGGAGUUGGUUCUUUUCUUUGUACCCCUUAACAGGACCAGGUGGGAGGAAAUGAUGGGGACAAGCAACCUAACAGCAACAUUGUCUUACAAAAGGGGUCAGCAACUGUUAAGUCUAGGAUGCCUCACUUGGCCCCUCCAGGAGAGUUUGAAAGGCUGUAUGCUCCCAAAUGCCCUGUGGGGGUAUUUCCCCAUAUCCCCCACCCCCGAACAUUUUAUACCCAGAAAUGGACUUUUUUUUACAAGAAGUGACCUGGAAGUAAAUUAAUGUUCACUUUCUGUUUUAAAGAAAAGCCAGUCCUAGGUCAGGGAAGCAACAGCAUGGUGGAAAUUUCCCUCACACCCCUUACAAGUUGUUUAGUGUGUUGAUCUUUGGGAGGCAAAAAUUCCAGUCUUCAGGGGCCAUACGCAGUCCACACAUCCCAUUUUGCCCACCUGUCUUACAGUAAAAACAGUCAUGGGAUGGAGGUUAGAAGACAGCAAAAUGUUUCAGCAGUGAAACUGCUUCUCACUUCAUUCCCCUCUUAUAUCCUGGAAAGAGGCUGUUUAAAUUUCAAGAUACAUUUGGGCCCAGUGUUUGGAUUAGAUGACUCACACUGCAGAGACCCUUCAGUCCUUCUAAGUUAAAUUUCUGACACAGCAAUGUAAAUAGUUUGUAGGAUUAGGAUUCCCCAAGACAGGAAAUUUCCAUUUAUGGUAGACUGCAGUCACUAUGAUUCCUGCUUCCCUUCUUCUUGCUCCAACACUGAAUAAAAUCAGAUAUCAAGUUGCUGUAAAACUGUUGGAAACAAGCAGGAGCAACUGCUCCUGCUGCACUGAAGAUUAUUUUCUGUGCUUCAUUUCUCACUCAGGAUUCCUCAAAUUAGGCAGGACAAGAGAGGUUCAGAACCAGCUCUCUUGGCAUCUUCCCGACUUGAGUUAAAAUAAGCUGCUGGGAGUUUUGGUCUUCAGCCAAAACAUGAAGAUUAACCCUUACUUUCUGUAACACUUUCCAGACUUAAAUUCAGAAGAUGCUACUAUUUGUCCUCUAUCGGUGACAGCUGUGGAUACUAAAAAAUGUGGGAUCUCAAAUCCUAUUAUUAUCAAUGCAUGCACGCAAUCGCAUGCAUUCGUGAUUCUGACAACAGUGGACUGGGCCUGUCUGCAAGUGCUUCAGUCUGCAGAUGGUUAGCCCCCCAAUAUGGAAGGCCAGCUGUAUUAGCAAUGGAAUAGAAGAAAAAAUUAAUAUAAGGAGCCUGAUAUAGAGAAAUAGUAUGGGACGGAAGGGUUAACUAUACCCUUUCCUACUGGCAUGGUAGAAAUCCAACAUCACUUCCUGCAACUAUUUUUUUAACCUCAAAAAGAUAUAGAGGAACCUGAUUAUGGGAUCUCCUAUGUCACGUUUAGUUUGGACCUCAGUCAGUACAUCUGGUCUGAAACCCCCAAGUUAAAAUCUCUAGAUAGAAAGGGGAAAGUGUGCUAAGAGACACAGGGUGCAUCUACACUGUAGAAAUAAUGCACUUUGACAUUACUGCCAUGUCUCCAUCCUACAGAAUACUGGAAUUAGUAAUUUUGUGAAGCACCAGCACACUUUGGCAGAGAAAACUAAAGAGCUUGUAAAAUUACAAAUCCCAGGAUUCUAUAGGAUGGAGCUACAGCACUUAAAGUGGUGUCAAACUGCAUCAUUUCUAUUUCUAGUGUAGACACACUCACAGUGAGCUUGACAAUGUUACUUUCCGUAACUACAGCUCCUGGAGUCCCCUAGCUAGCAUGGUGACUGGCAAUAUUGGUUGGUAAACGUAUGGGAGUUGUAGCCCAAAUUACCUUCUUCCAAGCUCUGAGAAGCAAUGUUAAAUGAGAUAGCAGUGUGCAGCUCCAGAAUCCAUUCUGCCUUUCCCCAAAAUGUUGGGCUUUUCUCAUCAAGGCUAGAGUCAUUUUUGUCCUUUCACUCACCUAUGCUGAUCAAAUGGUGGAAGGACUAUUUUGGCCUCAGUACUGCUUCUCCCUUCUUUUUUUCAUAUUGGCAAGACCCUAGUCCUGUUCAAGCAUUCUUAGGCAGAGUACUAUAUACAUGUGUGGAAGAUGAGUCUGUCUUCCAAACAGAGGACAACAAAAGGGAUGACAGUGGGGCCAGUACACUGCUUGUUUUCAUGCAUUAACUUACUUUGUUUUGCUGUCUCUGAAGAGGUCUUCUGAAACAGAAGUUUUUGCUGAUCUUUCAGAAGUGGGUGCAGCCUUUUUCUUUUUUUUAUUACAGGCCUCUGAACAGAACUGAGCUCCUUGGAAAGAGGCUGGCUGGUGUAAUGUAAAGGGAAGAAAUCUGUUUGAAACAGUCAAGCUUUGUAAAGUCAGUGCUUUGGGCAUUUCCUAUGCCAGCAAGAAUGUGAUGAGUCUUAGAGUUGGGAUAGUACUUGCAAGUUAGUAAUGGGGUGGAGGAAUGCAAAUUUCCCUUUGGUUGCCAGAUGCUGUGACAAUUAAUACAAGACUAUCACAUCUCAAUAUAUAGAAUAAAAAGUUGCUACUGUUUCCUGCUUGAGCCAAUUCUGCUAUAAAAUCAGAUCCUUUAACUUGGUCUGUGUGAUAAUGCCAAAGUCCCUGUUCUUUCUUUACCUCAUAGAGUGCCUUUCCCAGUUGUCUUUUGAGAUUUAGCUUUUCGGUUAUCAAGACAACUGAACUUGAUCAGCUGGGAGUAUUAAUUCUUAGUCUAAACUAGACCAUUUCCUAAAACGUAAACGACACUUUAUAUUGAUAUGUGCAUUGCCCUUUAACAUGUUCAUUGGGUGGGGGGGGGAGGAUGGUGACCUAAUUACUUUCAUUAGAGUUUGCUACUCCACUUCACUGAUCAUUUGUAAAUGGCUGCAGAAGUGCUAAUGCAGGGCCAUGUCACAUCACUUUUUCAUCUUUCUUACCCAUGAGACAUGGAUGGGAGGUAUCCAUAUGUCUGCCCAUGACACAUAGUUUGACCCUGAGCAGAGCUCAGAGUUAAUGCAUUCAUAAGUGAAUUGUACAGAAUGCUGGGCUGUACUCUCUUAUUGACAACUGCAUAUAAUGAUGCAGAGCAGUCUGAGAUUUCUGAGGAGCUAGGUGCUAUUCACAUAGGCUCCUCUGCCAGUGCGCUUCAGACAAAAUCUGAAAUGGGGACUGUACCUGUUGUGCUAGAAGAUAAGGACAAAUCCCAUAACACUUAUCUGAAAGUACACCGCAUUUAAUUCAAUGUGACUAACUUCUAACUAAAUAUGAUUAGGAAUGAGGGUUAAAACCCUCCACUAAUUUUAGAAUUUGUUGACUUGCCAGAACAAGAGUAACUUGGGAAGGCUUCUGUUACAAAAUUAGAAAUAAUGUACACAAAUUUCAUAUUCACACAGCAGAUUACAGAAUGAGGUAGACUGGUUCUGUCUGUGGUUAAGGGAUAGAGUUACUACACUUAGUGCUAUUUCUUUCUUCAAAUGAGAAGUGUUCAGCAAUAUUUAGGGUGUCAUACCCUUCCACCCCUAAAAAAAAAAAAAAGGCAUUUUGAAUUUAUUUUAGAAUGUCCUUUCCCAAGUUUAAACAUUGUAUCCAGUUACAAUGGUGAUUAAUGAUUUAAAACCCACUGGCACUUAGGUAUAAUACAAGCAUAGAUGGACUGUUUUAUAUAUUAAUGCUUUCUUUCCUCUCAAGGGCUGUAAAAUAGGCUAAAAAGUACACUGGAUAUUGUUUUCUCUUUGCCAUCUUCUUUGUAAAUGUGAAUCUGCAAAACGUACUGUCCUUUAUGGUUGCUAAAGAAUUAAACAUUGUGAUUAAUUA